CCUCCUAGUUACCCUUUUUACACGGUUUUACUUUUUUUGCACGAGUUUUUCAUUUUAGUUAUAUACUAUUUUUGCAAUAAAAUUAAAAUUCUGAAUCUAUUCGAAUAUAUAAAGAUUCAUUAUUCAAACAAAUGCAACUCUUAAUUUUACUUACUUAAAAAUACACUGCUGUUAUUGGAUGUCAAAGUAAAGAAUUGAUAAAAAAGGUAAAUAAAGAUAUGUCAUAAGAAAACACAGCGACAUGGCGUCCAAGCGAAGAAAAUUAAAUUUAAGGGAAAAAAUUAAAAUUUUAGAUGAAUUAAAAGCGGGAGAAAAGAUUGCAACAAUAUCAAAGCGUAGAAAUAUACACGAAGCAACAAUUCGUACCAUAAGGAGAAAUGAAACAACGAUAAGAAAAGUGGUUGCAGCCGCCAGUACUGGGUGCUUUUUAAGUGGGUUUCAUGUUCGCGAUGUUGCAAUUUUGAAAGCAGAACAUGCACUUUUAUGUUGGAUUGAAGACAAUGCAAUAAAGAGGAUUCCUAUUGAUACAAGGUGUAUAAAAGCAAAGAUGCAACAAUUUUAUAUGACAAUUAAAAACGAAGAACCUUCCACUUCAAUUAAUAGCGAGCGCUCUCAUUUUAUUGCCAGUAAUGGCUGGCUACGAAACUUCCUGAAAAGAAAUUCACUACACAACGUAAAAGUUAUAGGAGAAGGAGCCUCAGCUGAUGAACAUGCGGGAAGAGCGUUUCCUAAAGAGUUCUUAGAAGCAAUUACGUUGGGAGGUUAUGAGGCUCACCAAGUAUUCAAUGCGGAUGAGACCGCACUCUUUUGGAAAAAAAUGCCUAGUCGGACUUGUGUGGCAAAGCAAGAAAAGUCUGUGAAAGGUUUUAAAGUAGCAAAGGAGCGUAUCACGUUGUUGUUAUGCAGCAAUGCAUCAGGAGACAAAAUGUUGAAACCUCUUCUUGUUAACAAAAAUCUUAACCCUAGGGCCUUAAAAGGUAUUGAUAAAACCAAGCUUCCGGUCCAUUGGAUGGCAAAUAAAAAGGCUUGGGUCACAGCUUCACUUUUCAAGGACUGGUUCUUAAAUCAUUUUGUACCUGAAGUCCGAGAGUAUCUCCGUUCAAAACAACUCGAUUUCAAAGUUUUACUAGUUAUAGACAACACUCCUGGUCAUCCAGACAUUUCCCAUAAAAACGUGAAGAUAAUGUUUCUACCUCCUAAUACGACGUCGUUAAUACAACCACUCGAUCAGGGCAUUAUUGCUACUUUGAUGAGAAUGAUGAGGACAGGGAAGCACAUUCAAACGCUGCUGGUCUUAGUGCAUCUUUGAUCCAAAAUGGAUUAAACAUAGCGAUGGAGUUAGAAAAUCAUUUCCUCAACUUGGACCCAAACACGGAACGGUCUGCAAGAUUCCAGCGCCAAUUAAAUGAAGCAGUAGAAUGCUACCGUGAGCUUUAUGAAGAAGUGAAAGAAAAGAAGACGCAGCGAUUAAUGACUGAUUUUUUUAAACCAUAAACGUAUUUUAUAUUAUAUUCAUUUUGUUAACUUUCCCUAUUUUGUUCGUUCCUUUUAAAAGUAAUACAUAUGUAUAUAAUACCAUGAAAAUCUA